AAUCCCUUUCGGAUUCGCUGCUCGUUGAUCUGGUGAAUUCUUAUCUUGCGAUAAAGUCGAGACCUUUGAGCUUUGGGGAGAUGGCUUUGGUGACUCCAAUUCCAGCAAUGGAGGAAAGAGCUGGAUCCAUGAGAUUCCACGGGAUGGGUAGCCCCGGAUCGAGGUCAAGUCGUAGCGGGGCUACGGAAGAGCCCCUCUCGCGGCUGAUCGAGGAGAAGAUCUUCGUCGCCGUGGGUAAGGACGUGGCGAAGAGCAAGUCUACGCUCGUCUGGGCGUUGCAGAACACUGGAGGGAAGAAGAUUUGUCUUGUUCAUGUUCAUCAGCCCUCCCAAAUGAUUCCAGUUAUGGGGGCCAAGUUUCCGGUUAGUUCUGUGAAGGAGGAAGAGGUUAGGGUGUUCCGGGAGAAAGAAAGGGAGAAAGUGCAUGUGGUUCUAGAUGAGUAUCUUCGAAUAUGCCAGCAGAGAGGGGUGAGGGCAGAAAAGAUGUUUAUUGAAAUGGAAUCGAUAGAGAAUGGAAUUGUGGAACUUAUCUUGGAGCUGGGGAUCAGGAAACUUGUCAUGGGAGCUGCAGCAGAUAAACACCACUCCAAGAGAAUAACGGAGCUUAAGUCCAGGAAAGCCAUCUUCGUGUGCAGAGAAGCUCCUGCUCUUUGUCAAAUAUUGUUUACUUGCAAAGGCUACUUAAUACAUACAAGGGAAGCUGCGGACGACAGUGAAUCAGAAUAUGCAUCUCCGCGUCCUUCCAUAACUGGAAGCGAUAUACCAGAAGCUUUCUCUACACCGGAGUCUGAGCAUCUGAAUAUAUCUCGAGUACAUAGCACCGAUUCGCUUCACCGUUUAGGAAGCAAUGGAAGUUCAGCUGAACACAGUGAGAGGGUGUCGGAUGGAUCCUUAACUACUGAUGAGGAGGAGACAGUUAUGAACACAGUUGAACAGCGUUCUAACCACUCACAUCCCUCCAGCUUUCCUCAACUGUGGCCAUCGUUGCAGGAUGGAGUGGAUGAUUCAUUUAACGGUAAAAUCAGACAAGCUACCUCAGAGGCUCAAAGUUCAAAACGAGAAGCUUUUGCAGAGACUGCUAGGCGUCAGAAAGCUGAGAAAAAUGCACUUGGCGCAAUAAAAAAAGCUAAACAAUCAGAAACUGCUUAUUCAGAGGAGUUGAAGCGAAGGAAAGACACUGAGAUAGCAAUAGCCAAAAUAAAAGAGAGACUUGUAACAAUUAAAAAAGAACAGGAAACUCUCAUGAAAGAGCUUCAAAGAGCAAUGGCGCAGAAAGAGAUGCUUGAGAGCCAGAUAGCAGAAUCUGACGGUACAAUGGAAAAGCUAAACCAGAAACUCGACAUAGCUGUGAAGCUGUUACAGAAGUUGAAAGACGAACGAGAGGAGUUGCAGACGGAAUGCGACAGAGCACUCAGAGAAGCUACCGAGCUAAGGAGCCGCGCAGAGACCUCCUCAACUCUACAGUCAACUCAGUACUUCACGCAUUUCUCCUUCUCAGAGAUAGAGGAAGCAACUAACCGCUUUGAUUCGACGCUGAAGAUUGGUGGAGGAAGUUACGGAAGCAUCUACGUUGGUGUGCUGCGUCACACUCAGGUGGCUAUUAAAAUGUUGAAUCCCAACAGUUCACAAGGCCCUGUGGAGUAUCAGCACGAGGUUGAUGUGUUGAGCAAAAUGAGACAUCCAAACAUCAUCACUUUGAUCGGAGCUUGUCCAGAAGGGUGGAGUCUUGUCUAUGAGUAUCUCCCAGAUGGAAGCCUUGAAGACAGGCUUAGGUGCAAAGACAACUCUCCACCUUUAUCAUGGCAGAACCGUGUACGCAUCGCCACUGAGAUAUGCGCAGCGCUUGUCUUUCUUCACUCCAAUAAAUCUCAUAGCGUUGUCCACGGUGAUUUGAAGGCGGCGAGUGUUCUUCUCGAUGCUAAUCUCGUUAGCAAGUUAAGUGACUUUGGAAGCAAUAGUGAUGUGGAGGAGCUAACUCCGAUGUCAGACGUUUACUCGUUUGGGAUUAUAUUGCUACGCUUGUUGACAGGGAGACCUGCGUUAGGGAUAGAGGACGAAGUGAAGGAGGCUCUGGAAUCUGGAACACUGGUCGACCUUUUGGACCCUUUAGCAGGCGACUGGCCCUUUGUACAGGCUGAGCAGCUUGCUCGCUUGGCGUUGAGGUGCUGUGAGACUGUCAGUGAGAAUCGUCCGGACCUUGGGACUGAAGUGUGGAGGGUGCUUGAACCUAUGAGAGCUUCUAGUGGUGGAUCUUCAUCGUUUCAUCUUGGCCGUAACGAGCAGCGGAUAGCACCUCCGUAUUUCAUUUGUCCCAUUUUCCAGGAAGUGAUGCAGGAUCCACAUGUUGCUGCAGAUGGUUUCACGUACGAAGCGGAGGCUAUAAGAGCGUGGCUGGACAGUGAACACGAUACUUCACCAAUGACCAAUGACAAGCUCUCCCACACCAGCCUUAUCGCUAACCAUGCUCUUCGUUCUGCGAUUCAGGAGUGGCUUCAGCAUCAUUGCUGAAAUGAGAUCCUUCAAACUGUCAACCCCUUGUUCCCACAAGUAAUCUCUCAUGUAAAAAAAAAAGGUUUUUCAUUUUCUGUGAGAGGCAACAGAGAGUAAGUAAGAUUAGUUUUUUUUUUGGUUUUCCUUAUAAGCAUACAUACAAUCUCUCCAUGCAUAGAUAUAUAGUAUACUUUGUUAAGCACAAUGUAAAUUUUCCAUAUUUGUCAUAUAUGAAGAGGCUUGUGAAAUU